AUGGAAAAUAGUGAUAAAAGCAACAACGAAAACAACAAUACUGUUGCUCAAGAAAAAGAACAACAACAAUCUCUUGUUGUUUCAACCGCGGUUCAUAAUAAUAAUAACAUCAUUUUACCCACAAUCCUUGAAAAUGACGAUAACGAAAAUCUGUUAACCACUAUUGUUCAAUCACCAACUGAAUUUCUUCCGCCUCAAAAAACUCUUACAACCACCAUAAUAGAACACAGAAAUAGUUCUAAUAAUUUAUCACCUAAUAUCUCCUCUCAUACAGUAAUAGCAACACUUUUAACUACAUCACAUCCUAAUAGUAGAUCAAAUAGUCCAAGCAGUAAUAAUAAUAAUCAUAGUAGUAGUAUAUUGCCUUCUACUUCACACUCACCAAAUAUACCUGAUAAUAAUAGACUUUCUACACAUGAUAAUUAG